UUUAUCCAAUCAGGGAACAGUUUACUACGACCACUUAAAGAUCCACUUCCGGAAGGAUAACAACAUAAAAUUAAUGACUAUGGUGUUUUGUAAUUUUGUGUAGAAAAUAUUUAGGUGGAGACAUGGACCCUAUCAAAUCUAUAUGGAAGUCCUUCAUAUCAGAGAGCCACCGCCCUCCAGAGAAAGAUACCAAGGUGGUGGUAGUCGACACCAUUAUCCAUGAACUGGAGUACCACAUUAAAGAACUAGAACGCAUUGCUCAUGACAAGGAAAUUGACGACAGACGUCGCAACACAGGGGUUGACUACAGUUGGUUAAUCAGCACUGCUCCAAAAGGUUUCGAAAUCCCACAGCUUCAGAGACUUGAGUUAGAAGAACUGUGCUACAAAAUAAAACCUGAGGAAUGCAGCAGAAUCCUGUCGCUGUUUAGAGAUUCACUUUUCAAUGACCCCUUACCGUCCCAUCUACCUCGAAUCAUGAGGUCAUGUAUAAUACAGGUGAUAGAGCAAAGACCGAAAGAAGAAACGCUCACUGAAUGGGUGUCAAAACGCACCCUCAGUCUCACAAGAAUCCGUCCAAAUCCAAAAGUCUCCCCCUCUCAGUUGGGAGACCCAGAGGUUCCAAGCCAUGAAGAAACUAGGAGAUGUUACAGCACACCUGCAUUACAAUCAACAACAGCUCCAGAGUUCUGUCAUCAUGGUCAUCCAGGAAUCGACAGUCUGCCUGUUUAAGAUAUCAUUCCAAUUUAAUCUUUAAAUUAGUUGUUACCAUGUGUUGCCAGUACUGUAUAUUGUCAAUUUGAUAUUGUUGUACUGUACAGUAGAUUGACCUGUGCUUGUUUUACUGAUUAAUUUUAGCCAAAAAACCUGUAGUCAAAUGCUGGUGCUAGAUUUGGUUGUGCAUAUUUAACUCAUUAGCCACUAUGUCAAAAUUUUCUACAACAUCCAAAAUUUAUCAUUUAUAGCACAAAGCAGAGGAUGAAUCAAAUUGAAAUCUUUAAAUUUCUUUCUUAUCCAUACAGAUACUGUUCAAGACUCUGAGAAUUGUUAAUGCAGUAAAAAAGUAAAGUCUUGGUUUUUAUUUAUAUUUUUAUUUCUAUACAUGUACUAAGUAUAGAAUUAAUGGAAACAAUCAAUAAUUAUUGUUCAUAUGAUAAACAUAUACAUGUAGUUUAAGUAUGAGUUUUCAUGUUUUUGGUACUAAUUUAAUUUUGCUCUGUGAAUUUAGCAAAGUUAGUUCUCAAUUUGACACAAAACUCUGUGUAUUUAUACAUACAUGUACAGUUCCAUACUGUAUUGUGGAUAUUUUGUUUGUAUUUGUUACUCUUGUUGCUAAUUCAGAACAUUUAUGACAUUUGGUUGUGUACUGUGGCCUGAUGGGUGCCUCUUAUACUGGUACAUAUAUACCAUGUGAUCUCAUUUAUAUUAUGUGUAUAUGCUCAACGGUUUUUUAUUUAGUGAAUCCAGAAUCUUGAAGAAAAAAAACCUCAAACAUGCAGAUAAUAUACUUUUCAUUAAUAUUACUUAAUGUGGAUUUAUACCGUACAUUAUCAAUAUGUUGGAUUUCUACAUGUGUGUUUAGAAAUUGUAAACCAUAAAUUUGAGGUUUUAAUGUUUCAAAAAUUUGUGAACAAUUAUGUGAGUGAUUCAAGAUCAAAUGAAACAGUUUAAUGAUAAAAAGAGUUCUGAAAUUAGGGUUAAAAAAAUAUACCGGGUACAUUCAUGUAACGGAAAGUAGCAGCUAGUACAUUACAAGCAGUUUAUUUGUUCAUUUAUAAAGUGAAACUGUACUACCUCGGGCAGCUCUUUCCUUACAUAGCUUUGGGCACAACCAUGACUCAAACAAUUCAUUUAAGAGCUCAUUUUUUUUCGUGAAAAUUUUUUAAAAUUUAAAUAUUUAUGGCACAUGCCUUGUCUUAAGUUUGGACAUAUGGUACAUUCCUUUUAACUUAAGGAGGCCGAUUUGGGUUUUUUGGCGGAAAAACUACAAUAGCAUAACUCUUUAUUUUUUAACCAUAUGUAAUUUAAACCAACUCUAGUUUAUAUGCGAAGGUUCAUGAAAAUCGACCAUCAAAGCAGUUUUAAAAAAUACUACAAUUGCUUUUUUUCUCAAAUUGUUAUAUAUGAUAAGUUAUAUCAUUUCCUACCUUAUAUGUAAAAAACACAAAAUUCUACCGUCUGGUUUUUAGUGGGGGCCAUCUCAAAAUAUUAAAAUGCACCAAAUUUUGCCAUAUAUUUGGAUCAUCACGAAUGAUGAUUGGUAAAAUGGAUUCAUUCCAAAAAUGAGGAAAAUAUCCUCGAGGAUAGCAUCAUUCUGUAUAUAAAAUUUCAACAGCGUACAAUUUUUACUUUUUCUAUUAUGUUAUUUCUUAUAACGUAAUCUUACAAAGCUUCAUUUUAUCAUAUCGUCAUAAAAGCGCAUAGCAAAGCUCCCCUACCGCACAACGUAAAAAUCGUGUUAAAAAUAAAAAUUUCCUUUAAAAAUCUAAAUAUUUUUAUCUGUAUUUUGUUUACUGUCUUCAAUUUUAUAAAUGAUAUCGAAAAAAAUUCAAAAGAAGUAUAAAACAACUGUAUUAUAUUAGAAUGUGCAAAAACAUGCACAAUGCAAACUAAAGUCGGCCUCCUUAAAUUGCAUAAGUAUGAGUUUGUUGAAAUAAUUCCCAAUGUGUGUAUUGACCACAGAUUUUAACAUUGUGAAACAAAAUUAUGAUCUCCUGCAUUUUGCUUGAAUGAAUGAUUUGUGUUAUACACUUUCAUGUGUUGAGAUACGAUUUAUAUUUUCCGUCUAUUUGUAAAAUAGCUUUAGCUACAGGCAUUUUCUUGUGAAUUUAUAUUGAGAAUAUUCAAAUCCAUUCAAUCAACUAAUCAAGAAGUUAUUUUCAAAUCAAUGUUGUUUUAUUUUGUAUUUCUUUGUGAGUGGAGCUGAAGCGAGACCUGAUUUGGUGCUUCUAUUUUGCCUCCCAUCAAGCCAUUGUGGUGUUCACAAUCUUUUUGACUCAUUGAUUCCAUAUUUUGAAUAUUUUCCUUUACAUGAAAAUGUAGAUUAGUUAUUUUGCCAGUUCAAUGAAAUUUUUCUUGUUGAUUUCUUGACUCAUGUUGAUUCCCUUGUAUGUGAUCGUAUUUGUUGUUUUAUUUUUAUUGUAUUCUUUAAUAAAUUUGUUACAAUCAAAU